UGGUUCAUUUUACAAGAUUCAAGAGAAUAGAAAAAUCAUCAUCAUCAUCAUCAUAUAAAAAUGUUAAUAAUAAUUAUUGAUUUUAUUUUACGACAACUUCGUUAUAUUGUUAAUAUAUUUGCAACAAUAAUUGGAUAUAUUUUUUAUCCAAGUCAACGUGGUUAUUUACCUGCAAUCAAAAAUGAUCUUUUAUUAAAACCGGCUACACAAUUAGCUGAUAUGAUUAAAUCUGGUCAGCUUAAAAGUGUAGAUCUAGUUCAAGCGUACAUUGACCGUUGUAAACAGAUAAAUGGCGAUCUAAAUGCAAUUGUAGAUGAUAAUUUUGCCGGUGCAUUACAAGAAGCAAAACUUGUUGAUGAACGUGUUCAACGUGAAUUGCGAGGAGAAAAAUCCGCUGAUGAACCAUCAAUACAUGAAUAUCCAUUUUUGGGUGUACCUUAUUCGGCUAAAAAUUCCAUAGCGGUUAAAGGAUUUGCAUUCACAUGCGGUGCAUAUCAUCGUAAAGGAAUUAUAGCAGAUAAAGAUUGUACAACAAUAAUGAAUAUGCGUAAAAGUGGUGCAAUAUUUUUAGUUAUUACCAAUGUACCUGAUACAACAUUAUUCAGUGAUUCAUUCAACUAUCUUAAUGGACGGACAAAUAAUCCGUAUGAUAAAUCUCGAAUACCGGGCGGUUCAUCCGGUGGUGAAGCUGCAUUGAUCGCUUCGGCAGGUUCUGUAUUUGGGAUUGGUUCUGAUAUUGCUGGAUCGUUGCGAAUUCCUGCACAUUUUUGCGGAAUAUUUUCUCAUUGUACAUCACCUGGAAAUAUUGUUAUCGAUGAAAUGUUUCCUUCAGUACGAGAUGUUCAUCCAAAAGUUUUGACUAUAGGACCAAUGUGUCGUUAUGCAUGUGAUCUCCGACCGAUGCUCAAAGUGAUGACUGGUGAUAAAUUGGACCUUACAGAGAAGCCAUUCAAUUAUUCAGAUUUGAAUGUAUAUUAUGUACGAGAUCUUGGUGAUCCAUUAGCAUUAUCGGUGGAUGUUGAAAUUCUUAAUGGUUUAGAUAAAAUGAUUAAACAUUUCAUUGAAAAGGGUACACGCACAUUGGAACUAAAUAUGACAAAAGGUGAUCCAAAUUCAUUUUAUGAUUUACGUUUGGCAACGUUAUUCUGGUUGGCCGCCAUAUAUGAUCCUGAGAUGCCUAACUUUCAUGAAAUAAUCAGUCAUGGUGAAAAAAUGAAUCCAUAUUCCGAAUUGUUCAAAUGUUUGAUUGGUACACAAAAUCGUUAUGCUGCUGGUCCAUUAGUGGUUGGUAUAGUGCAAAAAGUUGGUUCAAAAUUUCUUACAGAGAAUUUUUUCAACAAAUGGAAAAAAAUCAAAUCAAAUAUUCAUCGAUUACUUGGAAAUAAUGGCAUUAUAUUAUCCCCAAUAUCAUCUGAAAUUGCUCCUAAACAUAAUCAAACAUUGUUAAAAGUUUUUGAUUCUAUUUAUACAUCUGUAUGGAGUGCAUUGGAUUUGGCUAUGACAACAAUACCGAUGGGUAUUGAUCGACAUGGAAUGCCAUUCGCCAUACAAGUUAUUACCGCACCAAACAAUGAUAAAUUAAGCAUAACAGUUGUGGAAGAAUUAUCUAAACAUUUUGAUGGCUGGAUACCACCUUGCCCGGUAGAUGCAUCUAAAUCAUCAUGAUAACUUUGAUAAUUUAUUAACUUGUUUUCAAUGGUGUUUUCAAAAAAAAAACUUUAUUAAAAAAAACAAAAUCGAAUUUACAUUCAACAAUAUACCGAACUAUAAAAUAGUUUAAUUUGAUUUUAGAUUUUUUUUCAUUGA